CCCAAAAAAAAAAAGCAACCACUGCCGCAGCCGCCGCCGCACACCAAAAAACAAAAACCACCCCAAAAAACAGAAGCAAAAAUGGUGCAAAACAAGAUCACCGAAGUCACUGGUUUCCACCGCUCCUUCAAGGGCCAAAACCCCUUUGAAUCGGACGACUUCACUAAAAAUGGAUCCCUUAUUGAUUCGUCGUUCAAUUUCGACUCCUCCCCAAGACAUGACAUACCUUCCAGCCAGCCUAUCGACAUCCCCGAUGCCAAGAAGAGAAACAAGAAGAAAAAGCGUUGCCGGGCAACUGACAGUUUUUCUGGCCGAUUCGAGGAUGUCUACAGGCUGCAAGAAGAGGUACUAGGAGAGGGCGCUUAUGCCAGAGUGCAAACGUGCAUCAACCUCAUCACCAACAAGGAAUACGCCGUGAAGAUCAUCGAGAAACGACCAGGUCACAGCCGCAGCCGUGUCUUCCGUGAGGUUGAGAUGCUCUACCAGUGUCAGGGCCACAGUAACAUCCUGGAGCUGGUCGAGUUCUUUGAAGAGGAAGACAAGUUCUACCUGGUGUUUGAAAAGCUCAGAGGAGGGUCCAUCUUGGCUCACAUCCACAAGAGACGCCACUUCAGUGAGCAGGAAGCCAGCGUUGUCGUGCAGGACAUCGCCAGCGCUUUGGAUUUCCUGCAUAACAAGGGAAUGGCACAUAGAGACCUGAAACCUGAAAACAUCCUCUGUAAGAGUGCAGACAAGAUUUCCCCGGUCAAGAUCUGCGACUUCGACUUGGGCAGUGGGAUCAAGCUGAACAGCGACAGCUCCCCCAUCUCCACCCCCGAGCUCCUCACUCCUUGUGGCUCGGCAGAGUACAUGGCACCCGAGGUGGUCGAGGCCUUCAGUGAGGAGGCCACGAUUUACGACAAGCGCUGUGACCUGUGGAGCCUUGGAGUCAUCCUCUACAUCAUGCUGAGCGGCUACCCGCCCUUCGUCGGCCGCUGUGGCGGUGACUGCGGCUGGGAGUUAGGGGAACCCUGCCACACCUGCCAGAACACUUUGUUUGAGAGUAUCCAGGAAGGGAAAUACGAGUUUCCAGAGAAAGACUGGGCUCACAUCUCCUCAAGUGCCAAAGACCUAAUUUCCAAACUUCUUGUUCGGGAUGCCAAAAACCGCCUGAGUGCCAGCCAGGUGCUGCAGCACCCGUGGGUGCAGGGGGGUGCAUAUGAUACUUUACCAACAUCCUUCUUGCAUCAAAGAACCAGCAAUGCCAGGGAUCUGACAUUCUUUGCUGACAAGGCCAUGGCUGUGAACCGACAGCUGGCUGAGCAGGACGGCAUGGAAGACCAGCAGCAGCAGGAAGUCCCGUUUGUUGUCACCGCCACCGGUUCUUCCAUGCGCCUCUCUCCUCCUUCCAACUCCAAGCUGGCCAGGCGCAGGCAGCGAGGCAGCCAGCCGAAGGGAGGGCCCGUCUCUGCUGCAGAGCUCCGUCAGCUCUUGGCCCCUCUUGUUAUUGUGGGAGACUGUGCCUGAACUCUUUCAACCCUGACCUCCGACCUUCCGUUAAGAUUAAAGUCCAGAUCUAAGACUCUCCCUCUCCUCCUCUGGCCCCUCUCCCUGACUCUAGCUGGCCCUGGUUCCUCUGCCAUUCAGGCUUUCUUGCCUCGCUGUUAAAGGGAGAUGCUACUCGCAGCCCUUUCUCUAAAUGCCUUCUGCCCUCCUGCAGCACUUCUGAAGCACAUCAGCCCAGGGCCUGCAUAUAGCAAAUACACACACAUGUGCAUGUCAGGGUUUGGGAGGAGGGCCAGUUAAUGAUUUGGGAGAGAGAGAAAGAAAGAAACAAAGAAAGAAAGAAGUAUUUUCUAAGUUAUGUUCUUUUUUUCAUAAAACUCAGUUCAGAAGAAAUCCGAACACUUAUCUACAAAACUAAGCUCAGACACCAAAGGACAACCUGUUGUGCUGCUCCCACGUUACAACUGGAUCCACUGUGAAUUAAGUUAUCUGGAAUGUUCUCUUUGCCUGUAUGUAUGUGCACGAAUGGCCCGUCUGCAGAUACGUACAAGCUUAUGCAAUAUGCCAAGAUGAAGGCCGUUCCUGUCUCGAAGGGAUUCAGUACGAGGGGUUGGAAGGGCUGUAAGCCGAUGCUGUCCGUGCCUGGUGCGGUCCAUUAUGUGCUUGGGAAACUAUUCAGAUUUUUUUUUUAUUUUGUUUUUGUUUUUUUGUCUCCAUUUAAAGAUAAAUUCCUCAACACUGUAAAUGUCUGAGAUAAAAACAUGCACUCAUCUAGCUUGGUGGCCAUGCACUUAAUGCUCCUAGAGCCGAGAAUGUUUGUCUGUACCCAGCCGUGACUUACUGUUGCACCGAUCAUAGUUCAUUAUACGAACGUGUAUGCUAAAUUAUCAGUGGCCACACCUUUUCAGUGUUUAUAUGAAGCCAUCAGGCAGUCUAAUAGUGUUGAAUUAAACUAUUUCACUUGUUAUGAUGCAGGGCCACCCCCCCCCCCCCC